GAGGUACUGUGAGGCUGCUGCAGUGGGAGAGAGACGCACACAGGAGGACUGUGGCACACUAUCCUCUGCGGGGAUACUCCUUCAACUUGCCCCGUACACUGAUGAGCAGUGACUACUCAUGGUGCUUUUGUUUGUUCCGCUUUUUUCAACACUGGAUAAAGGAAUAUUUAGGAAUAAUUAGCGGGUCAUAUUGAAGAGCCCGAUAAAGGAUGACAUUUUGUUUGUCUAUAGAGACAGCUUGGUCACACGGAGGACGCGCACUGCGCACUGUUUGUUUGGAUUACCGCACUCUCCUCUAUUGAAUUUAUCAUCAUGAAAUGUGCUGGUAAAUAAAAUUCAGCCCUGCGUCCUCUUGUUACGCGCCUUCUUUCCUCUUCGCGCCCUGAUCCAGAUGAGAGAUCUCCCCGGUGGACCUGAACCGCUUUUACGCAGACAGUCCCCGGAGCGCAGCGCCACCGACGCCAGCGGCGAUCCACACCGGACAGGAACGGAGAGACGAUCCGUUUCCACACCCACGUCUUGUCCUUGUCCUUCGGAUCCCUCGCGCCAGGCUAAAAGGCUUCCUAUUAGGAUCGUAAAGAUGUUGACUGCGCACAGCGGCCACUUGCUGCACCCGGAGUAUCUCCAGCCCCUCACAUCCGCGCCUGUCAGCAUCGAACUGGAUGCCAAGAAGAGUCCAUUGGCUCUGCUGGCACAGACCUGCUCUCAAAUUGGCAAACCAGACCCCCCCUCCUCCUCCAAGUUGGCCUCCCUUUCCUCUGGUAGUCUGGGAGACAAAGAGUCCUCCAGCAGGUCAUCGAAGCCCGGAGAGCAGCACCAGUCCCUGGAGGACAAGUCGAGCUUCAAGCCUUACUCCAAGUCAUCGGGCGACUGUCGUAGGGACGUUCUAGUGACAAAGGGGCCUUCAGAUAAAGCAGCGUUCAGGGUGCCAAAUGGAAGCUCCAGUGCUAGUAACGCUUCGUGUCCAUCCUUCCCUCCCCAUUCCCGGUCACCCAGCUCCUCCUCUCCUCCCCUGCACACUCAGAGCCAGCCCCACAGACAAAGCCAUUCCCCUUCCACGCAGCCCCCACCACACUCCCAGGCCCCGCACAUGGACAACAAAUCUGGGAGUUCAGAGCAGGCCAACUCGGACAGUAACAGCAACAGUGCUGGCAAAAAAGACUCGGAUGCAGUAAAGUCAGGGAUGGAUGGGGCUCAGUUGGCCAACUCCAGCCACGUACGAGCCAGCGCUAACUCCAGCAAUGCCAGCUCUGCCAGCAGUCCGCGGCCGGAGAGCAAGACUGACCCACAGGCGUCUUCACAGUCUGGCCUGGGUUCUGGGCACAUCGCCCCUGUCUCCCCAUUUAAACCCGGACAGUCUGUAUUUCCAUUACCCCCUGCUACUAUGGGCUACCAUGGCUCCAUUGUGGGGGCCUAUGCUGGGUACCCUUCCCAGUUUGUUCCCGGCUUGGAUCCUACCAAGUCAAGUUUGGGCUUAGGACUUCCAGGGAAGCACCCCAGCUCCAGCCCGCUCACUGGAGCCUCACCUCCAUCUCUGAUGCAGGGUUUGUGUCGGGACCCUUACUGUCUGAGUUACCCCAACGCUCCCCACCUAGGAGGCAGUAACUGCUCCACCUGUGUCCACGACCCCUCCAGCCUUAAGUCUGGUUUUCCCCUGGUUUACCCCUCACACCACCUCCACUCCCUACACUCCAGCUCCUUAUCCUCAAGCAGCACUCCCUCUCUCUCCCACCCUCUCUACACGUACGGUUUCAUGCUCCCCAAUGAACCGCUGCCCCACGCCUGUAACUGGGUGUCUGUCGGAGGUCCUUGUGACAAGCGUUUUGCCACAUCAGAAGAGCUACUAGCCCACUUGCGUACCCAUACAGCCCUGCCGGGGAUGGUGGACAGUAAGCUGUUGUCAGCCUACCCUUCAUCAGUUUCGUCUACAGCUUCCUGCCAUCUCCACCUGCCCCCACCCAGCAGCCCAGGUACCCUACCCAGCUCAUUCUCCCUGCGAGGCUCUCCUGGCUUGGGCCUGGCCCGUUAUCACCCCUACAGUAAAACCCACUUGCCCGGAGCCCCUGGACUUCCUAUGCCAUCCCUCCCCUCCUCCUCAGCCUAUUACUCCCCCUAUGCCCUCUACAGUCAGAGACUGGGCUCAGCCUCAGCUCUUGGAUACCAGUGACAUCCGAAAUAGCGUUGAUGCCCACAGACUGCAGGCACCAGCUUGGACUCUCCAGAGCUGCCCUGAAGAUGGAUUCUUGAGACUGGGGUCAUCACCAGUACAGGGCAUGAUGCCUGCUGGCAUGCCUGCCAGGAAUACCACCUGUUAGCCUCAGGAUUGUGACUGGUGCUCCAAAGGCAAGACUGUGAUGGAUGGUCUGCAGCAGAGAACCAACAGACUUUGGUGAUUAAAGACGGCGGGAAGCAGAGCUUGAAAAUGAUGAAAUUGUGGGAUUAUUAUGACAGUCUUGAUUUUAGUUUUGUUUUGUUUUUCUCAAUAUCUGUUUCCCAGAACUGAAAGUCUGUAUUUAUUUUUCACUGAAGCGCUUGGUAUUCAACUCUGGGGGGGAAAUUUUGCUGUCCAAAUAAAAUGUUCUUAAGUAUUCUAACUGAAAAGAAUGAUUUAAGUAUAGUACCAUUAUGCCUAUCAUACACUCUAAAAAUAAAAAUGUUGCACCAUGA